AUGACCGCGACCGUAGAGGACUAUUACGACGGUUUCCGAACUUUUUCCUGGCUCGCUGAUUUUAUCGAUGUACCAGUGGACCAGGUGAAUUUUCUAUUAUCUCAAAUCACAGCACUGAUAUUGGCUGGAAUUUUAAGAACGUUUCUUAGUCCUGUUACCGUAACAGCAACAACCAGACAUGUAUUUGGUCUCAUCAUCGGCCUCAUGCUUGGAUAUUUUUGCUUCGGCAGGCAGGCGAUACAUCUUGCAGGCCUCCCCGCCAUAUGUUACGUUGUAAUGCGUACACAAAAUCCUCAUAAUAUGCAGAGGGUAGUGCUGACGGCGGCACUUCUUUAUCUAUCUUGUGUGCACUUUCAUCGACAAAUCUAUAAUUAUGGUUCAUACACUCUUGAUAUCACUGGACCACUUAUGGUGAUAACGCAGAAAGUAACCAGCCUCGCGUUCAGCAUACACGAUGGAUUAACGCGACGUGAAGAGGAACUUACGCCAACGCAACGUCAUCAAGCCGUGAAAAAGAUUCCGACGAUGUUAGAAUAUUUCAGCUAUGUUUUCCAUUUUCAAGCAUUGAUGGCUGGACCAGUGAUAUUUUAUCGCGAUUACAUCGAUUUCAUUCAUGGACGUAAUAUAGCUGGAACGAAAGCUCUGACAGGUUGUGAUAAAAAUUCCACUCACUAUGACGAAAUAGUUCUAGAGCCAUCUCCAACACCGGUUGUAAUAAAAAAGGUCAUAAUAAGCUUAUUGUUCGCAGCUCUGUUUGUGACUUUCAUUCCAUCAUACUCGAUACAAAAGCUAAAAGAGGAAAAUUUCUUAGAAAACACAACAUUGUUUUAUAAAAUGUGGUUUUUAUUAAUAACUGCUAUGCUAGCUCGUUUCAAAUAUUAUCACGCAUGGAUUUUCGCAGAUGCGAUUUGCAAUAACUCUGGACUUGGUUUUAGUGAAUAUGAUAAGAAUGGUGAAGCUAAAUGGGAUUUAUAUUCUAAUGUUGAUGUUAGAGGUUUCGAGAUGGCUCUUACUUUAAGAGACAGUAUUGAGCAUUGGAAUAAAGGAACCAAUAGAUGGCUUAGAUCGAUUGUGUACGAAAGGGCAAAAUACAAUAAACUUGUGUUCACAUACUCCCUUUCUGCCUUAUGGCACGGUUUUUAUCCUGGUUAUUACAUAACAUUCGCCAAUGGAGCAUUUUUCACCAUCGUGGCACGCACUGCUCGUCGUAACAUACGACCAUAUUUCUUAGGGUCCAAGAAAUUAAAGUUCCUCUAUGAUGCGCUUACGUUCAUUUCAACGCGAUUAACAAUGGCCUACUUGACAUUGAGCUUUUUAAUCUUGGAAUUUAUGCCAAGUGUCAGAAUGUACCUGCAUUUAUAUCUAUUUGGACAUGUAAUCGGUUUAAUUAUACUAAUUAUUGCACCACGUCUUCCGAAAAUCUCACACACGAAAGUAAUCGAAGUGGAAUCGAAAUCUUCUCAGGAAUUAAUCAACGGAACUGCGCGCAAAUCAAUGUGAACUCUAUUUCGAUGUGGCCAAAAAGUGAUCAUAAGAGAUAAAUAUUUUUUAUGAAUGUUUUAAUAUGCAUAUAAAUAUUAUGUAUAUAUAUUAUAUAGACGCACAUAUAUACGUACAAUAUUUAUUGUUGCGACGUGUUGCUGGUACAAAUUCUAUGUCGAGAGUGUAAAAAGUAUAUUUGUUUUAUAUAAGUGAGUGAUCGUAUAUUUAUAUGAGUGUCUCGUGCGUACAUUGAGAAAUCGACACUUAGCUGUUUUACAAUAUCGCUAACAAAAAAAGAACAAACGGAGAUGAUAUACUAAAUAUUAUAAUUUAAUGGAUAGUCUUUUUUAAUGUUGUCAUGUUUUUUUUUUUUUUGUUCUUUUACCUUUAUAACAUUUAUCGUUAGAAUAUUUAAUAGAUGAUGACAUUCUAGUUGAACGUCACAUAAUUUUUAUUCUAAGCGUUUGCAAGUAAUUUUUGCAGUUUUAUACGUUUAGUAUAUCUAAUAAUAUCAUAACUAAUUCAAAAUAAAUUGCAAUGUUUAUUCAUGAAACGUUAUUCCGAGCAUUUUAUUAAUGUUAAUACAAAUAUUCGUUUAAAAUAUAAUUACAAAAUAAUGAUACGAUGCUCGGCCCUUAGGAUAUGAAUAUACGUAAGUAUCAAAUACAAAUUAGUGAUUUAGUAAAAAUUUAGAAAUCAAAUUUAGAAAUAGUUUUCCAAAUCAUUUUGUUAUUGUCAAACUUUUCUUCCUUUAAAAUUGUAUCUUAUGUUAUAUAAAUCCAACCUUUGAAUUCUUUUAUAAUAACUUCCAAUUAAUUGUACAAUUAUCAACAACUAACUGUAGGUAAAUUCUAAAUUUUAUGAAAUUGACUAAAAUUGCAAUACAAUUAUAUGGAUAAUUUUUAUUAUCUAUAUUCAAAUUGAUGUGAUAAUAAAAUUCCACCGGUUAACUAUAACUUUUAUACGAAAGAUAUGAAAAUACAUUUAUAGCUGGGUAAAAUCCGAUAAAUAAAAUGAUCAUUAUGCCUCACGUGCCUCUAUACUCCUAUAUAAUUAUAUAUAGGCAUAAUUUGAACAUUUACUAAAGUUUUGCAUGACUAUUUUCAUUCGCUGCCUAAUGGAAUAUUGUCCUUAUAAUCGGGUAAAGAGAAGCACUGAAACUGACGGCACUCCCGAAGCCCUAGUACAUAGGGUGGCAGCGGCCACUUAGCUAGUAAAAUUUUCAGUGCAAUCAUCGCGAGCUACGAUUGACGAACUGAUAGUGUUCUCUUGGUCCAAGGAAAUAUGGUAAAUCUUCUAUUUAUUGUUUAAAUCGUGGAUGUGCAAAGGGCAGUGAAACAUUACGGAGCAUUAUUUAAAUUAUGAAAAAGAGAAAAAUAAAAAAAUUGUGUGGCAUCAAGGAUCUAAUGUGUUCAUAAUAAAAGAGAUAUUGAAUAUAAAUAAAAGUUGAAUGAAGUAGUGAUAUCACGUUAGGUAUUUUUUUUCUUUACUUUUUUUUUUUUUCUAAAAAAAUAUUUGACCUUUGCACAACCAGGAAUACAGUGUUUAGUUGAUAAUUAGUUUGUUGGAUGAUAAGAUAUAAAAUAUUCUUAAAUUGUAUGUUUAUACUAAAUUUUUGGAUUCAAUUUUUAAUUGUCAGUAGAGGAAAAAUUUUAUUUAGCGUAUAUAUAACAACAGCAACAGAAUCGACGUUUUCGAAAGAAAGUACAAUGAUAUGAUACAAAUCCAAUUUCUUAAGAUAUGUCGAUUUUUGUAAAUCUUUAUUAAAAUCUGAUAUAAAUUUUAUUGUAUAAAUAAUUAUAUAAAUAGUAAUUUCUGAA